GGUUUCCAAACUGCUAACGGAUGGUGCGUUCGUUGCUCUCUUCAGGUGUAAAUAUGAUCAUGUGGUAGAAUGUGUAUUUUUAUUCCAAAACAUAUGAAUUUAUGUGAUACAAUAUGUUGUUUCUUAUAAGAGGGUGCACAUUUAGUGCUUGUCGAUAUUAUGGGAAUAUAAUAAAUAAGGCCAAAUCAAUUCCAUUAUCCCCACUGCUUCUUAACCUCAAUGUGAAACCAUGUAUUUAUAAGCUAUUUAGUACAGAAAGAAAUUUAUUUAUUGACAAUGAAAGUAUUAAAAGAUAUUUGAAUCUUCUUAUGGAUGCAUAUCAGAAUGAUGGUAAAAAAGAACAUGAAAGCAUUUCUGAGAUUCUUAAGUUACAAAUGGUUCCAAUAUUACUGGACAAAAAAAUUAAGAUAGUUGAAAAUAUCAAGACUUUAACUGAUCUUGCUAGCAAAGAUGAGGAUAUGAAGAAACUUGCAAAAGAAGAGGAAUUAAUGUAUCAACAAGAGUUAACAGAGAUUGAUCAAGAAUUAUUAGAUGUAAUUUUACAAACUGUAGCUGCAGAAAAUUAUGAAAAUGUUAUUAUGGAAAUAGUGGCAGGUGUAGGAGGCCAGGAAGCUAUGUUAUUUGCAAUGGAUUUGUUUAAUAUGUACAUACAUUAUUUAAAUUAUUUAGAAUUUAAGCACGAGGUAAUGGAAUUAUCAUAUAGCGAUAUACAUGGUUUGAGGAAAGCUGAAAUAUUAAUAUCAGACAGUAAGGCUUAUGAAAAAUUAAAAUAUGAAGGUGGAGUGCACAGAGUGCAAAGGAUUCCAUCAACAGAAAAAGGUAGUCGAAUGCACACCAGUACAGCUGUUGUGACAAUUUUUCCAGAGCCAAGAGAUGUAGACAUUGAAUUAUCAGAAAAGGAUUUGAAAAUAGAAGCAAAGAAAGCAACUGGAGCAGGAGGGCAACACGUGAACACUACAAAUUCUGCUAUUAGAAUAACUCAUAUACCAACUGGGACAAGUGUAACUUGUCAAACAAAUAGAUCACAAAUUGAAAACAAAAAGAUAGCAUUGCUGAAGCUAAAAAGUGUGUUGUAUCAAGAGCAACUAGACAAGCAAGUAUCUUUCAUUAGUGAUCUCCGUAAAAAGCAAAUUGGAACAAGAAUGAGAAAUGAAAAGAUUAGAACGUAUAAUUUCAGUCAAGAUCGCGUAACUGAUCAUAGAAUAUCAAAUGGUACUAUGCAUAAUUUAAAAGGCUUUCUGAAAGAUGGAACAUCUCUGGUAGAACUACAGGAUAGACUGUACAAGGAUAUGCAGCAGCAGACCUUGUUGGAAAUUAUAAAGAAAACAGAGAGUCAAUUGAAGUAACAUUGAUUCUUUCAACAUUUGCCAUUUUUUGAUAAGAAACGAUUUUUCAUUUACAUAGGCAAGCCGUUGUACAUAGGAAAUUGUAAUAAACUUUAUGUAAUAUACAAUUAA